AGAAGAAGAAGCAGCUCGUCAGCCGCCCAGUCUCGCAGAUAGACCUCUCGGCAAGGUGUCUGCCUGGCCACCGCCGUACGCGGCAAGUCUGCCCCGAAGACACCCACCCCGCCCCGGGUACCUCGACCAAAAAUCCCCCUUCUCCCCGGUGAUAUCAGACCGCUGCUUUCGGCCAUGGCGACGAGCGCGAAGCGAAAGCAGGAGGAGACUCAUCUGAAGAUGCUCCGGGAAAUGACUAGCCUGCCCGCGAAUAGGAAAUGCUUCGACUGCGACCAGCGCGGCCCGACCUAUGUCAACAUGACAGUGGGCUCCUUCGUCUGCACCACCUGCUCCGGCAUCUUGCGAGGACUGAAUCCCCCACACAGAGUGAAGUCCAUCUCUAUGACCACAUUUACACAGCAGGAAAUUGAGUUCCUACAGAAACACAGCAACGAGGUCUGUAAACACAUCUGGUUAGGCCUCUAUGACGACAGGACAUCAGUUGUUCCAGAUUUCCGAGAGCCACAGAAAGUAAAAGAGUUCCUUCAGGAAAAAUACGAAAAGAAAAGAUGGUACGUUCCUCCAGACCAGGCAAGAGCAGUAGCAAGCGUCCAGGCCUCCAAGUCCGGCUCCUCAGCCAGCAGCACUGGCAGUACCCCAGAGGUGCAACCCCUCAAAACACUGCAGCUCAACAAGACCCCUGUGCGCCAGUCUCCAGGGCUCGGUCGUUCGCAGGCUCACAGCGCUGCUCUGGAGAAGAAGUUUGACUUGCUCUCGGACCUUGGAGGCGACAUCUUUGCCGCUCCACCCACUCAAGCUGCCAGCUCUUCCAACUUUGCCAACUUUGCACAUUUUCCAAGCCAGUCGGCACCUCAGGGUAAUUCAAACACCAACUUUGCCAACUUUGAGGCAUUUGGAAACACUACAAUUCCAUCCCAUCUGAGCACGUCACCCCCCUCAAAGUCUUUUUCAUCAGGCGGAGGUGUGCCAAUCCCAACAAUGUCCAGUGCCGUCCCUGCCCAGUCCCAGACAGGGAGUCGCAGAGAGGACCGCUAUGCUGCUCUAGCUGAGUUAGACAACGAACUCAGCUCCUCUGCCUCCCCUCUGCAAGGGAACUUAUUUGGAGCGAUGCUUGGUUCGUCACCAGCCCAGAAUCCACCUGUGUUACCCAGCAUGCAGCCUGGCUUUGGAGCCGUCCCGUCCACAAAUCCCUUUGUUGCUGCAGCCGUUGCCCCAGAGAUGGCCAACAACCCUUUCCAGACCAAUGGCAGAGCUCCAGCUGCAGCCUCGUUUGGUACUGGCUCUAUGAGCAUGCCUGCCGGCUUUGGGAGUGCGUCCUCCUACUGCCUCCCGACCAGUUUCAGUGGAAACUUCCAGCAGCAAUUCCCUGGCCAGGCCCCCAUCCCUUACGUUCAACCCGGAGCCUACCACCCUCAGUCUAAUGGCCCUGUGUUCCCAGUCUACAGUCAGAGCAAGCCCUCCAUGACGCCCUUCGGGCAGCCCAUGGCUGGCCCUGGCAUGUCCAAUAAUCCAUUCAUGUCGGGAGCCCCAGGGGGUUCAUCCACCAACCCUUUCCUGUAGCACAGCUCCAGGUUGUCGCCACCAGAGGGCAGCAUGCAGCACAUACUCAACGCACGGACUUCAUCACACAAAUAGUGGCAGUACAUUUCUUAAAAGAAAAGACUUUUUCUUUUUUUCCUCACAAAAACGUUUACAACACUAUGAAGGAGUACAGAGGACAAUAUUGAAGACUAAGGGACUGUUAUGGGAGGGUAGUGUAUUGUUUUGGACUAUAUACAUUAUAUGCUUUAUACUUUUCAUUUAUGACUGUAAGCUCUGUGCAUAUCAUUUGUAUUCGCAAUUAAGUAGAUGUUAUGUAUAACAAGGACUGAGUUAACAAGGGUGAGUAUACACACACCUUGUGAAAAAAACCACUACAAUCUAUAUAAGGGUAUACACUUUUAUGAUAAUUAACAGGGUUCCAUCCAAAUCCAUGAUAUGUGGUUUGAAGCCACCAUGAUGAUGAUGAUGAUGAUGAUGAUGAUGCAGGUAUUUUGUUUUCAAAAGGGAUUUAUAUUUGAUGUUUUUAGCAUAAUUGCUAUUAUACUGGCAUUAAGGUGCAGAAAAUGUCCUAUCAUUAACUUACAGAUCCUGAGUGCUAUUCCUAAGAGUCUAAUGUUUCCUUUGACCAAAAGCAACAAAAUUACAAUAACAUCCAAAGCAGGUGGAUUAUUAUGAUAAUUAUUGUUUUGAAUAUUGGAGAAAUUAUUUUAAAAAGGAGGCAGCUCCUUGAAUUUGAGGUGAGCAGAGAAUUAAGAUACUUGACCUGGGACAUACGUGUUUAUUAGAGCACAAAUGGAGGAAUGAGACAUGAAGCACGAGAUUAGUAUUUCUUUGUCCUGCUACUUAUUUCUAUAAAACAUUGCUAAAAUUGUCCUUUAACUUGGGGUUGUGAUCCAAAUUGGCUUCCCUCAUAACAAGUAGUUAUUCAUAUGAUUCAAAGGUGACUUGGCCUAUUGACAGGGAAAUUAAGAUACUUAUGGGAUGUUAGUUAUGCUGUACUCACCAUACUCCCUUGAUAAUCUGUCAUCUUCUUUGCCUUCUGAUUAAAAACGCCUUUGGAGAGAAGACGACGGUGACGGGGAGGAGAAACAUGGAUCUCCCUCCAGUUUGCUCUAACUAAGUCAAAGGAAAAAGAACAUUAAUGGAUUAUUACAUUAAUGGAUCCUCCCGUGACUGGAGAACUUGGGUCUUAAUUGUGCCACCAAUGACUAACAAUUCAUUUGACAAUGUGUUUCUUGUCUUUGCAAGAAUAGGUAAGUGAAUGUGUACAUAUAUAAAUAUAUGUAUAAAUAAAUUAAAAGAUUUUUAACUACAA